UGCCAAGGACAGUGUGAACCUGAGGGAUAGAAGAAAUCUCUGGGCUUCAGGUGGAGGUUGUUGUGGGAGGGGUGUAGGAGUUUGGAGAGGUACUGAGGUGUCCCUGAUAGGGUCUCAUAUAUGAGUAAAAACCAGAGCUGAAGGUCUGGUGUAAAGGGAGGGCCAACCUAUCAGUUUGUAAACGUCACAAUGGUGGAUGGAGAAAGAUACUUUAGAUUGUCUCUCUGUGUAUCCCUGUGAUAGACUGGUGGCCUGUCCAGGGUGUCACUUGCCCUCACCCUAAGUCAGCUGGGAUAGACUCCAGCCCCCCAUGGCCCUAAUGAGGCUUAAGUGGUGUAUAGAUAAUGGAUGGAUUUCUAAAUAUUUACCUCCCUGACUCAGGUCAUUGUUAUUAUUCUCUCUAAAUUACUCCUGGAUGAACUGAACUAAGGAGAAAUGCUGAAUAACAAAAGUCACAGAGAAUCACAAGUAGCGGGUGCAUUUAGAGGUGAAAUAAAACAGAUUUCUAUUCUGGUCGGAACUCAUGGAGUGGCACAGUCUUUUAAAGGAGGAGGAGCUGCUGUUCUCCUCCUUUCCCCUCCUCUUCCUCCUCCUCUCCUGGCUGUUGUGUCUGUCAGUACCUGUGGACUGAAGCUACCUGUGGAUCCUCUUCUCAGCAGCAUCAUGGGGGUCUCGGCAUCCAGUCUGCUGGAUGACACCAAAUCCACCUACAUUAAAGGCCAGGCUGAGACUGAGCUGAAAGAGUUCAGUCCAUACUACAGGAAGCAGUUCUCCGUUGCUUGGUUCUCUCAAGUAGAGGAUGACCUGGAACAGCACAAACAGAAGAUCACACAGCUGCUCAAACAAAGGGCGGCUUCGGAGGAGGGCGAGGUGCUGUACGAGGAGGCCGUUCUUUACUUUGACGACACCAGGAAGUGGAGAGACAGGUAUGUGGUGGUGAGAGCCAACUACUGCCUGGAGUGUCAUGACAGCUUGGAGACUUUUGUUAAAGGGGUUCCUCCACGUCACAAGUUGCUACCUACAGGAGGCACUGUUCUGACCGCAGGAGAGCCGUACAUGGCCAUGGUGGACAAAUGCUUUCCUGAUGACAGUAGCAUGAAGGAAGAAUUUGCUCCUCCUCUGUCAGGGAUGCCUGGACAGUUUCCAGUCUACCUCCGUCUGCCCUACAGGAGAGACUCCUACUUCUGCUUCAGACAACAGGCCAAACAGGCGGCCUUUCUCUCAAUCCUGUCUGACUGCAUCAGACACCAGAAUCAAGACUUUCUCAAGAAAAAGACGUGUGAAGUUCAGGCCUUCCUCAAAGCCAUCCAGCUCUACAGACAGGACAAAGGAAAAUAUGAAGCCUGGGACAUGUUAAUAGGAAGCGAUGUCAGGGUGAUGGCCAACGUGGUGAUGGAACAGCUGCUGCCCUCUCUGGAGAAAGACAUGCUGCCUCGCCUUAAGGCCAAGAAGACAGAGAAAAAGAGAGUUUGGUUUGCAACGGUGGAAGCAGCGUACAUUCUGGUUCAGGAGUAUCUGUUGGAGGGACUGUCAGCACUGAAGGAGGAAUGUCGGACAGCAGUUCGGCAGCAAGAGGUGCUGAUCCACUCUGACAUGGACCAGAUCCUCAAUUCCAGACAGCAGCUUGAUUCAAAAAUCCAAGCCAAAGUAUUAGAGCCGGCAGAGAAACUGUGCUCUGAAUCUGUCCAGCCGCAUCUGGGCUCUGUCCUGGAGGAACUGAUGGAACCGAUCAGCUCUGGUUUCCACGAGGGACGACAGCUGAGUGAGAAAAUGAUGGACCAGGUGUGUCAGGACGUUCUGCUGGGAGGACAGAAUGAGCAACUGAAAAAAGCUCUGGCCAACAUGGCAAGACCAAACCUGCUGAGCUGCUACCAGAAGAUUGGCUCCCUGCAGGUUAAACUACAGCACCUGGGGGAGAGAUUUGGCUUCUCUAAUAUCACAGGAGUGAUCCACAGCGCUCAGAUUGACCUACAGCAGCUAACUGAGAAUGCAGCUUAUACAUUUGAGCAGCUACUCUACAAAGCCAUUGAGGAUAACCCAGACAAUGCUGGCUCUGCCAUUGAAAAGGCCAAACACAGAGUGCUCAAGCAAUAUGACUAUGACAGCAGUACAGUAAGGAAGAGGAUUUUUCAAGAGGCUCUGGUUUCCACCACUCUGCCCUUCAUCAAGAAAAACUUGGCUCCUACCUGCAAAACUGAGCUUCAGGGUCUUGAACACACCAUCUAUGCUGACCAUUCCAACUUCAUCCAUGUUGAGAACAUUUAUGAAAGCAUUCUUCUGCGUAUCCUGGACAAGGAGGUCACCAAAGUGGUGAAGGAGGCAGCGACCCUGAAGAAGUAUAACUUGUUCACAGAGAGCAGAGACCUGGUCAGUCAGUCCAGUCAUUCCAGCCUCGUCUCCCCUUCACCGUCCACUCCUGGAAGCCCCUCCAUGGUACUGGCCUCCUCAGCUAAAACUUCCUGUGAGACCCAGCCUCCAUCUCCUCUUGUGGUCAAUGGUCUGUCCUCCAGUCCUCUAAAAGAAGAACUACAGGAAAAAGAAAAUGACGUUCUGCAGAGCAAAUACUCAAUGGAUAUGACAGGAUUUGAGACACCUCUGGGUAAAGCUGAACAAAAUGAAACCCCUUCCACUGUUGCUGGCAGUCAGGAGGCUGAGUUACCAGCUCCUACAAUUGAGGAUGUCACUGUGAGGGCUGAAGAAGGCAGCAGUGAAACACUUGAAGCCCCAGCUGAAGUAACAACAGCAGCAACUCCAGAGACUGUGAUCCAGGAGCAAGUGAUUUCUGUUCAAAUAGAAGAAGCUGAGAUAGCCACUGAGCUGGAAAUGCAGAGCACACAUAUUUUACAAGAAGCAGAAAGUAUGAAAAGAGAUGCAGCAGCAGCAACACAAACAGAAACUUCCAUUCCAAGAAAUGAACCUGUAAGUUUUUCAGCAGAGGGAAAUCAGCCCCAACCUGUAUCCAGUACUGAAGAAAUGGCACAGUGUGAAAGCUCUGAAGUCAAAUUAGAGGCUCCCUCCAGUGAUAAAGUGCCUGGAUGUGCGAGUCUCCAGCUGGAGAGAGAGGAGGAAGAACCAGCUACUGUCUCAGACCCCAGUUGUCUUGAUGUUUCAGCAGGAAGCGAGUCACCGCCCUUAGAUCUGGAGUCCACAGAUGAAGUCUCAACAACCUCUGACGUCUUGGAAGAUGAGACUAAUGUUAGAAAAUCCCCCAUGAGCUCAGAUGAUCCUGCUGAAGAAAAAAACAUGACUGAUGAACCACCACCUCUGGCCCAGAUGAAGACUGUGAGCAACAAUGUUGACGUCGGAAAGGACAUCAAACCAGAAGCCAGCUUAAAUGUGGAGACUUCGGUGGCAGACACUCCAACCUCUUCUACUGAACCCACCAAAGAGGAAACACCCUCAAGUCCUGAAGUCCGGCCACUGGACUGCAUCAAGGAGAUCCGUGACUUGGUGGUGGAAGUGAUCGAGGUGGAGGAGCUGGUGCAGCAUUACCCCAGUGGAGUUCCAAAGGAAGAAUAAAGCUUCAUGUAACAGCAGCAUUCGAAGACAUGUGGGCCAACUGUUCUGUGGAUUAUUACCAGAAUAUAGCAGUAGUUUCCAUUUCAGAUGACCAUCUACACUGUCUUAACUUAAGCAGAGCAGAAACAGAAAAACACUCCUGAUAUACUGAAGGCUUCCUGAACUUUAUUAAACAAAUAUGGAAGAAAUUAUGAUCAAUUAUUUAUACAAGUCAAUAUCAUUUACACAGACAACACAUAAUGAGGUAUCCAGAUGUAUAAAACCCUGUUUGAUCCUUUCAGCAGUUUGACAACAUAAUAAUUAUUUUAGCACCAAUUUUUUUUAGAGAACCUAUAUUUAGAUUUAUAAUUAUUGAAGAAAUGACUGGUAAUUGCAUUGUACUAUGUUGUGGUUAAGUAUAAGUCUAUUUUAAAGGAGGAAAUUAUGAGGUUGACUAUUUGCUUUCUCUCUGAGAGGUUGAUGUUCCUUUGGAUGUCAGUGUCAUGUCUGUAAAUUGCAACAGAGAAUUAGUCUAAUCAAUCAGACCUUUUAUGUGUGCCUGGUUUACAACAACCCACCAUGCAAGUAUCAUGUUGCAUAUUUAAAUGAAAAUAGAAAAUUUGUCUGAGCACAGUGGUGCAACUUAUUUCAGUCCAAACUCAGAACUUUCAGUCCAAUGAUGUCCAACAGAUUUGUUGCCACAAAAUAAGUGUCUAAACCAUUCUAGCAGUUGUUUCUCAUUUUUAGCCAUCAAUACCUGUCGUUGUCAACAGCAAAAAUAACAAACACUGCUCAUAACCUCUUCUGAAUUCUGAAGUAAUUUGAUGGCUGGCCAAAUGUUCCUGCUGUCUGGUUAAAGUGCAUUCCACAGCCAGUUUUGUUACCUGGUCAAAGACUGAUUGUGAGGGAAGAUGGGAUGAUGCUUCACUCUGUAAAGUCACUCCAUGACCUCGAGUUGACUGAAUAUUUGCCCAAAAACUUCCAAAAGAGUAGUAAAACCAACAGCUGAUCAAUUUUAAAAGCCACAUUCUCCAGCCAAACUUUCAUUCAUGUCAUUAUAUUAAUUUAAGAUGGUUAACUGACAAGUUUUUAAUUUUUUGUGAGCUUUUCAAAACUAUAAUUUAGUUGAACACAAAUCUAGUUUCAGUGUAUCAAGCACAUACUGAGCUAACAGUCACUCAAAUACAGGAUUAGGAAAAUAAACUUGAUUGGGAUAUCCCGAUCAAGAAAUAGUUCUAGCAAAUAGCUCCUUCUCAAGCCAUACAAUUUUGUUUUUAAAAGUUCUUAUUUGUGUAAAGAUUAAACAAAUGAUGCAGAAUGUUAAUUAGUCAGCUUUAGAGGUACUGGUAAAAGUAUUUAUUAAUAAAGUUAAGACUGAAGCAGGCCAACAGUGUCUUUCCACGUAAAGUCUUUAUGCUAAGCUAUCAUUGUCCAUUUUCCAGCUCAGUGUGACACAGACAUUACCUCUCACUCUCAAAAACAAAGCAAAUAACAAUUUUACACUUAAUGACAAGAUGAUUUGUUAAAUAGUGAAGCCACAAAUGAACUUUUAAUCAAUUUUGAAAUGAUCAGGGUUUGGGAUUGUUUAAAAAUCACUAUAAUGUACAUUUUAUAUUCCAGUUCCAUGAGCUGGAUCAGUGACUGUCAGAUUCAUUAGUAAAGCUGUAUGUACCUUAGGCACAUUAGUUCUCCAUAAUUUGAGAAUGAACCAACUGAAGGAUUUUUAGCUUAAAAAAAUUAAGAAGCAGCUCAUUAAGUGCCCUUGCAGUACUUUCAUAUUACCUCCAUGUGCCUUAGAGCCCAGCCUUCAACGUGUAGCUGCUGUAGAGUCUGUGAAUACCCAAUCAACUCCACCAAGUGCCUCUUACCUGUGUAGAGUCUUUUGCAGACAUGAUUAGUAGGACAGAGUUAUGGGGAUGGUGGUGGUGGGGAUGGUGGUGGGAGACAUUUGAACCCAAAGUGUCCACCAAGUUAAUGUUGCUUAAUGGGAAGAGUGUGGAAAUAUUACCAAUAAAAAUAAGUCUGAACAAACAUGCCCUCAAAUAAUUUUUAUGUGAACCUUUCAUCUUCUAGUUUCAAUGUUUGGAAAACAACACAAAUAAUAAAUGCUUUAAUUUACCAAUAAAGAAAAUGCUGCAUUA